AUUUUCAUACUACCUCUUUAUACUAUAGCGCGAAAAGACAUUACAUAUAAUCGUACGCAAAAGUACAAUCACUUAAUUAUGGAUAAAAGAAAAUUAAAAUUUAGAGGCGGUUUACAUAAAAAUUUAAUAGGAAGUCCAACAUCUUCAAGAAGUGACAUAUCUCAAACUAAAUCUUUAAUUGAACAGUUGCCAAGAAAUAAUAGUACGAUAUUAGCCGGAAAGGUCUUCUCAACUCAAAGUCAAAACAAAUUGUCAGAUGAGGAUAUUUUUUCAAGUAAAUCACGUAAGGUAGAAGUAAGAAAUGGAGAAUCAUUAUCACGUAAACGCAAAUUGUCAAGUCUUACUUCGUCAAACUAUAACAGUGACGAUGAUUUAGGUUUCCCUUUGGCAGAAUCUACAGUUUUAAAGAAAAAACGAGAUGAUUCUGACACUAUAUCAGAUAAAUGUGAAAAUAGUAAUCGCAGAAGUUCAUCAAAUUUAUCAAUAAUUACAGAGAAAGAUGUUAAUGCGGUUUCUAUUACAAAGUGUAAAUUUCUUGAGUUUUUACAUGACUCAGGCAUUAAGAUAAAUCCAGUUGUUCCACAUGUACUUUGUAAAGAUGUCAUAAUGGUACAAAGGAAAAUGAAAGAAUUAUUAAAUUCAAAAAAAUAUAAAAAAGAUGAGUUAAUUACCCCAAUGGAAAAUUAUUUUGAAAAUGAAGAAAAUUUAAAAAAUGCUUUAAGCGAUAUGGAAUUACUUAUUGAUGGUGAAGUGUCAAAUGUGUUACAUAGUUCAUCUCUUAUAAAAAUUCUGUUACAAGUUUCAGAACUACAUCCAGAAAUAUAUAGCAGUCUUUUGUCUAGACUCAAUGAAGCUAUACUUAUAGCUGAUUCCAUUGAAUCAGUAUCUUGGGCUCUUCCAUUAUUGCAACAAUUUCGCUUCUUGGAUGUUGUAAUUAAUUCUGAUGCUUUGGUCAACAAUUUAGAACAACUUCUAGAAUCAUGUCCUUUAUGGUUUCAGAGUGAAUUAAUUAUGCUUUUACCUGACAUUAUAUCUGACAAACAACAUCAAGCUAUUGCUGAAAUUUUGAAUAAAAUUCUAGAAGAUAAUUCUGAAUUAAUAAAUUUAAUAUUAUAUUGUAUGGGCAACUUAAAUCUUGGAAAAGAAUAUUUAGAUGAAUACAAGGAAAAAACAUUAAAUUUGUUGAAAACAAAUGUUAAAGUAAACGCAAUAUCAGCUAUUAUAAAGUUUGUUUUAGAAGAUUGUACAAAUACAGAAAUUUUUGAAAAGACAUUAAAGGUAUUACGCAAUACUGAUAUACAACCUCUUGUUGGAGAAAAGAUUGAAGAGUGUUAUCAAAGUCAAUUAAAUAUUGUGAAUACAUUAAAAAUAAGUAUGCUUCUUUCAAAAAAUAUAGUAAAUGCAACUAUAACAGUUAUAAAAGAUAUUACUAAAGAUCCAAAACCAUUAGAUAUCAUUCUUUUGCUUCUUAUAUCUUUAACAACAGAAGUGAAGAGAAAAAUUAUUGAAGCUAUAUUUAAACAACAUAUACGAUCUGGGUUUUAUAGAACAAGCUUAUUAAAUUUAUUAUAUAGUGAUUAUAAACAAGUUGUCCAAGAACUGCAACCUAUUGCUUUACAAAUAUCUAGCAAUUUAUUAAAAACAGAUGAACGUGUAUUUAUUGACUUCUCUAUUGAUUGGUUGCGUUUACAAUUUAAAUGUCACAAAGAGAAUGCGUUCAAACAACGAGAGAUUCUAGAAAGAAUUAUAUUCCUUAUGGGUGAUUGCAAUCAAACAGUUAAAAAUAGUCUGGCGUUUCUGUGUAAAAUGGUAGAAAAAGAAGAAGACAGACAAUGUCUAACGCCACAUUGCAAUCAUCUUCGUAUUUUACUUGAGAAAAUGGAUAACUUGAAUUUAAAAGAAGUUGGUACAUUGAAUGACUUAUUGCAACAUUUAUGUACAAGCUCUAAUGUUAUAGCUGAUUCACUACGUGAUGACUUAUUCAUACUACUGCAAAAACAACUAUCUAAUUUUAAACCAUUCACGAAAUGCAAAGGUGUUUUAGGAGCAGUAAUGGCAAUAAAACAUUUAAUGCAAAAGACAGAGAAGUCUGAUGCAGCGUAUAAUUUAUUUGAGACAGUAUUAAAUAAUGUGAAGAAAUGUUCACGAUCACAAGCUCUGUUUUAUGAUCAAUUGACUUGUAUCAUUUUACAAACUCAAAAUAUUAAUACAGAAUUUAUAAAAAGACUCACAGAUUAUAUUGAAGAAGAAUUUGUUAUUACAAAUAUGAUUGAUAAGUCAAGUUAUAGAGGAAAUUUAAUUCCUAAAUUUGGAUUGAAUAAAGCUGAAGAUGAGCCAGAAAACUGCAUUUUAACUUUUGAAGACAAAAAAUAUGGUGCAAUUGUACCAAUUUCUUUCAAACUUCUCAGAACUUGUUGUAUUAAACUUAGUGAAAAUGAAAAUCUAGAUGCUAUAGAUUCUCUUUUAGGAUGUGCAAUAUUAAUGCCAACAGAUUUUGAUAUAGCAGAAAAUUCAGUAAUCGAUUUAAUAAUAUGUUGCAUUAAUUGGUUUCGUGAAGUGAUUAGUGGUUUUGUUACACAAAAAGAUUCUUUGUUACAGAAGCAAGUAUUACAACGAUUAGACAAUUUGAUAGAUUUACAAAGUGAAUUGAGCACAUUGUUCUCUUUGUGUGACACAAAAUAUCAACCACCUCCAUGUUAUUUUCAUCAGUUUCCUUUACCGCCAUUUGUAAGAAUAGAUAAAAAAGUUGGAAAAAAAGGAAAAAAAGAGAAAAAGAAGUUCAAAGAAAAAUCUAUUAGUAUAAAUGAAAUUAAAGACUGGGAAUUGGGUUCUUUAAUAUGUUCCAAAAAUCCAACAUAUUUUAGAAAAUUCGAUGCAUCGAUAGUACAUCUAUUAGAUAUAAAGAUGGACAUGGAUACAACACAAUCUGUGGGACACAGUAUAUCUAUAAAACAAGUAUGUUUUAUUGUUAAAGAACUCCUAGGAAUCUUUGAGCAUGACAGUAAUGAGAAAUUUGUAAAGGAUUUAAUUAAAUUAUUACCAAAAAUUUGUGCAAAAUUACGAGAUAUUGUAGACAUUUUGAGAGAAGAAAAUGAAGCUCAAAGCAGAGAAGCUGUUCGAUUAUUGUUAUGUCUUCUAACAAAAAUUUUUAAUUGGAAAGGAUUUGAAAGUGUUACUUAUAAUAUAUUAUUACGAGAGGGUUUACGAAUUUUAGCAAGUCAAGUUGAUGAAAGCAAUAUUACAUUAAGAUCGUGCAAAGAACUUGUUACAGAAUGUUGCAAAUAUUUUGAGUCUUUAUCCGAUAUUAUUACACAAAUAUCAUUAUCAAUUUCAUUAAUCAAUGUAUGUCAAUCAUUAAUGAAACAUUCUGAAUCUUAUACUAAGGAAAAUAAAGAAAAGUAUGCAAAAAUGGCAUUUGGAUUUUUAUGCCUUCAGUGGCCGGAAGACAAUCAUUCCAGUACUCAAUAUAAAUCAACUGUAAUUGAAUUGUUAAAUAGUUGGAUUAAUAAUGAAUCGCUACCAUUAGAAACAGUAACUUCAAUUUUGGAUUGGUUACCAGAUGAAACUUCAGAAUUGGAAAAGCCACAGGAUAGACUAAGUAGAAUACCUUCCAUAUCAAGAAGUAGCUUUCAUUUUUUAUUUAAAAAAAUGUUCGAUGGUUUAAUUAAUGGUAUAAAAACAGCGUUGCAAAUGGCUGAUAGAGAUCCUAAAAGGAUAAGUGUAUGGUAUGAAGUUGCGAAAAACGUGCAGAAGUUAGUUCAAAUAUGUAAAACAUUAACAACAAAAAAUAAUUUAUUGAUAUUCCUAAAACAUAUGCCUAUAUUAUUGAAAUCUUUUUUAAACCUUGGAAUGCCAGUUCUAGAACAUAAUUUAAAAUAUCAAACAGAAGAAGUAACAAAAAUAUUGAAGAUGAUGCAAGGAGGCACACGAUAUUUACAUACAAUAUGUUGUGAUAGUGCAGAAAAGAAAGAUCUUACAUUAUCAAAAUAUAUUCCUGCAGCAAAAUCUAUAUUAGAAAGAUUAAUAUACAGUGUAAAGGGAAUGUUAGUUCUUAACAAUAGUCCUACUGCUUUUUGGAUGGGUAAUCUUGUUAACAAAAACUUAGAAGGUCAAGAAAUUUUUUCUCAGAAUUUAUCAUCAGAAGAAAGUUCUGUACAAAAUUCUAAUAUAGCUGAUGAUGCAACUAAUGUAUCGUCAGAUAUAUUAGAAAGCGAUUCGAGUGAUGACCUUGUUGAUGAAAAUGUGCCAUAAUAUUUUUU